AUGGCACAAAGAAAAGAAAUAGAAAUUUGCUCUUUAUUAGUAACACCAACGUAUGAGGAAGCUAUUUUGGCCUUGAAAAAAUUGCAAGGCAACACUAAUAAUAAUUUGCUUAAGGCGGUAGAAGAUAGUAAAAAAUAUUUAAUCAGAACUGGUAUAAGCUUGGAUGACUUGAAUAGAGUUCCAAUAAUUCACAUUGCUGGUACAAAAGGAAAAGGUUCAACGUGUGCUUAUUUAGAAUCAAUUAUUCGUAAUCAUGGUUUUAAAACAGCUUUCUAUACAUCACCUCAUCUUGUUCGCGUUCGUGAAAGAAUAAAAAUUAAUGAAAAUGAAUUUGAUAUGCCAUCACGAUUGACAUUUAUGACAGUACUGGCAUUUCAUUUGAUACUAGCAGCAGAUAUUGACUUGGCAAUUGUAGAAGUUGGAAUUGGAGGUGAGUAUGAUUCGACAAACAUUAUCCAGCAACCAAUAUGUGUUGGUAUAACAUUAUUAGAAAUGGAUCAUAUGAAAGUUCUUGGUGAUGAUUUAUCCAGCAUUGCUUGGCAUAAAGCUGGAAUUUUUAAAGCUAAUGUUCCAGCUUACACUGUUAAUCAAUCUCCCGAGGCAUUUGAUAUUUUACGUCAACGAUCAAUUGAAAAAAAUUGUAGUUUAACAACUGUUUCAGAUGAUAAAUUAAAAAUACUUAACACGUAUCCACCAAAACUUGGUAUUGAUAGUGAUGUGCAAUUUAAAAAUGCUGCUUUGGCUGUUCAAUUGGCUGAGACAUUUAUUAAAAAAUUUAAAUACAAUAAUAACCAGAAAAUUGAUUUCGAUAAAAAUAUUGCCGAGGAAGCUUUAAAAAAUACUAAAUGGCCAGGGCGAACUCAAAUAAUUCAUGGUAAAUAUUUAGACAUUUAUCUGGAUGGUCCACAGACUCAUGUUAGCAUGAAAAAUUGUGUCGACUGUGAAACAAAUAGUGUUGAUCUUCAAAAUUCCAAUCUUGGGUUUGAUGAACAAAUGACAAAUUGUAAAAAACAUGUUGAAAGCUGGUCAUACAGUCCUGCUGUUAUCAAAAAAUCACUUGUCUCCGCACUCAAUGAUAUACUCGAUAUCAACAAAAACAACAACAAUCAUAAAACUAUGGUGCUUAUAACUGGUUGUUUAUAUUUCGUCGGAACUGCAUUAUCAAUUUUAGAUGAAAACUUUGUUCCAAAUAAAAAAAAUAUUAUUAAUUUUUAG